CCGGGCAGCGCCGCGGUGCGCAGGCGCAGCCGUCGGUGGGUCGGCGUUCGGCCGCCUGAGAGGUAGACUGGGCCAGGCACUUCGAGUGGGUUCCUCGGGGCCAAGGCCGGCGCAGGCCUGAUCCUGAAAACCGGAGGCGUGGUCCCUUCCUGUCUCAAGAUGGAUAACAAGAAGCGCCUGGCCUAUGCCAUCAUCCGGUUCCUGCACCACCAGCUGCGGCACGGGGGGCUCUCGUCCGACGCCCAGGAGAGCUUGGAAGUUGCAAUCCAGUGCCUGGAGACCGCUUUUGGGGUGACCGUGGAAGACCAUGACCUUGCUCUCCCUCAGACCCUCCCGGAAAUAUUUGAAGCAGCCGCCGCGGGCAAGGAGGUGCCGCAGGAUCUGAGGAGCCCCGAGCGAACCCCACCUUCAGAGGAGGACUCGGCUGAGGCAGAGCGCCUCAAAACAGAAGGAAACGAGCAGAUGAAAGUGGAGAACUUCGAAGCCGCCGUGCACUUCUACGGCAAAGCCAUCGAGCUGAACCCGGCCAACGCGGUCUAUUUCUGCAACAGAGCCGCGGCCUACAGCAAACUGGGGAACUACACUGGGGCUGUGCAGGACUGCGAGCGGGCCAUCUGCAUAGACCCGUCCUACAGCAAAGCUUACGGCAGGAUGGGCCUCGCGCUCUCCAGCUUGAACAAGCACACCGAGGCUGUGGCCUACUACAAGAAGGCCUUGGAGCUGGAUCCUGACAACGAGACCUACAAGUCGAACCUCAAGAUAGCCGAGCUGAAGUUGAGGGAGACGCCGAGUCCCACAGGAGGCGUCGGCAGCUUUGACAUCGCUGGCCUGCUCAACAACCCCAGCUUCAUGAGCAUGGCGUCCAACCUAAUGAACAACCCGCAGGUCCAGCAGCUCAUGUCCGGCAUGAUUUCGGGCGGCCACAACCCGCUGGGGACUCCCGGCACCAGCCCCUCACAGAACGACCUGGCCAGUCUCAUCCAGGCCGGCCAGCAGUUCGCCCAGCAGAUGCAGCAGCAGAACCCAGAGUUGAUAGAACAGCUCCGGAGUCAGAUCCGGAGUCGGACCCCCAGUGCCAGCAACGACGACCAGCAGGAGUGACCGCCCACCAUUCUUAAAGAGGGAAAAAAAACCUAGGUGGGAUCCGUUUUGCAUUUGUUCUACAUCGUGACUUGACCUGCAAAACGCCUUUGCCAGCGUUCCCGCGUUCUCAGCCGCAGAGCCUGCAGGGAUGUCCUGUCUGCGCUGACUCGCGGCCCUCCUGUCUCCUCCCCCAGCCCUCCCGGUGCCGCCAGCUCCUUCCCACCGACCCGAGGCCGUCUCGCAUUUUCCGUCUUCUCCCCUUGGACCACCCGAGAGAGAAAAAGAAACCGAAACCGGACCUGCAUGUUAAGAUGGAUUUUUGUUACUCCCUCCGCCGUCCCCUCCCUGUUUGUAGUCUCCCGCGGCCCCUAGACCCUUCUCGAAACAGAGCCAGCAAGCUGUGAACGCAGACCAGCACUGAUCUCUCCCAGGCCCCUGAAAACUCCGUCGUGGAAGUGUCUUCCAGACCGCCCCGGGCUGGGGGCGCCCUCGAGCCGCUCUCCAGGAAGCUGCCCGUGUUGUGUGGAGCCGCGUCGGGGACACCCAUGGCUCCCAGAGCUGCUUUCUGCGGCCCGGGGUCGGUCUGCAGAGGAGACGUGAGAAGCCAAUUCUGAGUCGACCUUGGCCUCCCCAGCCGCGCCCUGCUCGAAUGCGCUCACUGCCAGCCGUGGUCUGGGCGCCAGUGGCCGCCCUGCCCCUCAGACCGUGGGUUCUCGUUUGAGGAGCUCUUCAGACGCAUUUUCCUAAAAGAUGAUUUCUGUGACCUUGCACCCCUGUUGGGAGCGGUGGUGGGACCGUCCUGGGGUGCACGGCACCAGGUACUGGGACUUGGCUUCCAGUCAAGCAUUUGGAUGGACACGUGUCUCAUCUCUGAUCCUCUUGUCCCAGGACUCCUGACCGACUGACCCCAAGCCCGUCCCCAGCUGAGUGUCCAGCCCACUGCCCUUCUGUCCAUAGACGAUCCUGCCAGCAGGCAUGUCGGGUCCCUGGCAGGCUUUCCUGUCCUGUUCAGGGCUGGGGGGCCAGCAGGGGUCCCUGGUGCCCCCCAUACCCGCCUCGGCCUGACAUCGGCAGACAGCCGUCCGAGCUGCUCCCAGCGGGGCAGGAGUGCCAGCCAUGGCCGGACAGCCCGCCUGGGACACGGGGCCACUGCGGAUGUGCCCACGGCUUCCACUCGGGCAGGAUGGGGGGAGGGCAGGUCUGCGGGCACCAGCGUUGGCAUCUGGAUUGUGUGAGGUUCCCCCAUGGUCCGGGCCGUCUGCAGGGUAGACCCAGUACGUGUGUGUUGUAGGUAACUAGUGGGAAGACGGGCCACUGCCAGCCACCCGUGGUCCCACGUCUGGCGAGAUUGUCCUAACUUGAGUGCUAGCCACGGUGACAAAAAACGUGUGGGGAAUAAACAGGCAUCACGA